AUGUGCAUUGAAGAAAUAAUUAAUAAUGAUCAUUUGCGAAAGCCUGGUUAUUGGAGUGGCAUCUGGAGACUGAAAGUUCCACCUAAAGUUAAGAAUUUGGUGUGGAGAAUUUGUAGAGAUUGUUUCCCAACAAGGGUAAAGUUACGAAGAAGAGGUGUUAAUUGCCCUUCAAAUUGUGUUAUGUGUGAAGAUCCCCAUGAAGACAGUUAUCAUAUCUUGUUUCACUGUAAGGCGGUUGUCGAUGUUUGGAAUGCGGCUAAUGUUUGGCAUCUGAUCUCUCCAUCUUUGGACCUGUUUGAUAAUGCAUCAGAUAUUAUAUUCCAUUUGUUGAAAAUAUUGUCUACAACCCAGAUAGAGAAUAUUGUCACUACUAUAUGGAGUAUCUGGAAAGCUAGGAACCUUAAGUUGUGGCAACAAGUGACAGAUUCACCCACAACAAUCUUGGUAAGAGCUACCCAUCUUUUAGAAGGUUGGAGAAGUGCUAAUCGUAAACAAAAUCCGCCUAAUCAAAGUCACAUUGAUACCACCCUUCCUCGUAACCACAAUAUCCAGGUAGUAGAUGGAGUUUCUAACAUCAGAUGGAGGAAACCUAGAAGUGGUAGACUCAAGUGUAAUGUUGAUGCAUCAUUUUCAGAAGUCAACAACAAGAUUGGUUUGGGCAUGUGUAUUAGAGAUUCAACAGGAUCCCAUGUCCGAUUCAAAAUCAUGUUUUUCUCUCCGUUGUGCUCUGUGGAUGUUGGAGAGGCGCUGGGGCUGUAUCAUGCAAUUCGGUGGAUCCAUGAACUUCAACUCGAAAAUGUUGAUUUUGAAGUUGACUCGAAACGAGUAGCAGAUUAUUUCAACAAAGGUCGUGGAGAUGUCACCGAAUUUGGUUCUAUAAUGGACAGUAGCAUUCAUUUCUGUCGAUCACUUUUAACAAACUCUCAUGUCGAGUUUACUAGGAGGCAAGCGAAUGAGGUUGCACAUAAUCUAGCUAAGGCAGCCACAUCUAGUUCUAGCUUCCGUAUCUUUGAUGAAAUCCCAACAUGUAUUACUGAAUUAAUCUUUAAUGAAAUGAUUUAA